UGAGGAGAGCAGUGUUGCAAAAGAGCUUUUCAUGAAUGUGGACAUCUAAAAAGCAUCAAAGGUUAGAAGGUUAGUCUGUCUAUCUGAGGAUGAGUUCUUUCAUUAAAAAGCUGCUGAAGAAGAAGGAUGGGGAGAAUAAUGAGCCUGUUGCUGAGACUAGUCGAAGCCGGACAGAGAAUCGGGAGGCUAUCCGAACCACAGGCUUUCAGCCAUCAUCAAGUUUCCAGGAUCCAGCCAACCAGAGAUCAUCUCAGCUCUUGCCACUCCUGGUCAAACCUCCUGUGCCAUCUACUGCUGAGGUCAGGAAGAGGCCCCAGCCAGUAGCCCUCCCUGAACUGGUGCAGCCUGGGCCCUCCAAGUCUGGUCCAGGGGCUAGUAGGACGGACGAGAAGUACCCACGUCGAGCCCUAGGCGAGGCUUCCAAGGAACAGAUUGUUUUGCCAAAGCUGCCAGUGCCUGCCUCUAAGUCAAAGCUUACUGCCAGCCCAAAGACAAGUGCCAGCCCGAUACCAAAAAAGAAACCUCCAGAGAGUGGAGUACCUAUAUUGUCAGAACUUCCAGAUGAGAAUUUUAGGUUUCUCUGGGACAGCAAGAAGUUGCAGAAAGCAAAAACUGUCCGAGAAGCGCUGGAGAUGAUGGAUGAAAGAGAAGUCCUAGACACCAUCCUGGCUCACCUCCAGCAGUCUCCCCAGCGGACUCCUGCAACAGACCACAAAAAAACUUCAAGAAGACUGACAGCAGCAGACAUCUAUGCUGCAAGUCAGAAAGCAGCAGCACCUCAAAAGGGACCCAAAGCACCUAACCAAGAUAAGGCUUCCCUUUAUAAAUACUAUGGGAUGAAACUGCGAGAUGCAAGUCGUAAAGAUUUGGUUUGUGAACACUUGCAUAUACUUCUGAGGUUGACAGGAAAAGAAGAGGACAGAGAGGGAAUCUCUGAAGCAGUUGGCCUGGUUGCUUUUUGCCAUCUGCCUGAGCUUCUGAAGACACUUAGGGAAUAUGGUCACUUUAUGGUUACAAGGAAAUCUUUACAGCUAGAGGUGAUGUCUGAGGAUGAGGCAAUUAAGAGAUGCUUCUUGAAGGCUGUGACUUUGAUAAGUAAAGCACUUCAGCACUGCAAGAAGGAAGAUAUCCAUGUGCCUCAUAAACCUGAACUGGUCUUUGACAGCCAGCCAGAUGUCUGCAAAAAUGACAAGUGA